AUGGCUGCUCGAAGAUUCGAUACUUAUGCUGGCAAAGCGGACAACUUGAUGAUCCAAUUUAUCGAUAUGGUAUCCGAUGACAGAAUUUUAUGCUUUACUAUCUUAGAUGAAGGCACAUUUAGCAUCCGAAAGCAUGCUCGACAAGCACUAGCUAUGCUAGGUAGUAAAUAUGCGUUAACGAUUAAAUGGAGAGAUAUGUGGACAAUGAUAAUCGCUAAAAAUGGGGUCCACUAUGCUGAAGCACGCGCUCUUUCACCGAAAUUAGAUGAAUGGGCCAAGCCAUGUAAAAUCUCUGCUCAAAUUCAGUUAAAAACGAAUCAAGAAAGAAGAUGUAAUUGGCCGAAGAAUGAUGAAAACCGGCGAAGAGCUACAUUAUGUAAUAGAUACGAAGGCUAUGGACGGUUAUGUGCUUGUAGUAAUCCUCAGCCGAUUGAUAUUGCUUCACCUUCGUUACUAAAUAAUCGAGUUGCCAAUGUGCCUGUAGCUGUUAUUGCUAGUAAUCGACCGUAUUAUUUGUUUCGAAUGUUACAAUCGUUAUUAUCAGCGAAGGGUGCUACCAAAUCUCUUAUUACUGUCUUUAUAGACGGCUUUUUUGACGAGCCAUUAGCCGUAUGCAAUUUAUUUGGCAUUCGCGCUGUACAACAUAAGCCCGUGAGUAAGCGUAAUGGACGAAUUGCCCAGCACUAUAAAGCCAGCUUAUCUGCUGCUUUUGACUUACAUCCUGAAGCUAAAUAUUUGAUUGUAUUAGAAGAGGAUUUAGAUGUGUCCGUAGAUUUUUUUAGUUAUUUUAGUCAAACGCUGCCCUUAAUUGACGACAAAGAUAUUUAUUGCAUAUCCGCUUGGAACGAUCAAGGUUAUAAGCACUCUUCUAAUGAUCCUACCCGAUUGUAUCGUGUUGAAACUAUGCCUGGGUUAGGGUGGAUGUUAAAAAGGAGCUUAUUUAAAGAAGAACUGGAACCUCAUUGGCCCGGACCAGAAGCCUUUUUCGAUUGGGACAUGUGGAUGCGGACUCCUACUAUGCGAAAAGGGCGUGAAUGUGUAAUUCCUGAUAUCUCAAGAACAUUCCACUUUGGAUCCCAAGGUGUCAACAUGAAUAAUUACUUUCAGGAUGCCUAUUUCACAGCUCAUAAACUGAAUACGGAUGCCAACGCGGUCUUAAGAGGUAUUGAAGAUCUGCGCCAGAAGAAUUAUGAAAAAUUAAUGCAUAAGUUAGUUCAGAACGCUGUCGUAUUAAAUCACGCCAUAUCCCCUUGCCAUCACGAUUUUGUACCAAAUACUACUGAUGUAACGUAUGUUGUAUACAUUCAAAUGACUAAACUCUCGGAUUACGAAACCUGGUUGCAAAUUGCAAAAUGUUGGAAAUUAUGGGACCUUGACGUUCGCGGAUUUCAUAAAUCUACAUGGAGACUAUGGAUUAAAAAAAAUCCAAUUUUGAUAGUUGGCCAUCCAGUAUCUCCUUAUAGUUCAUAUAAACCUAAAAAUAUAAAACCGAUAUUCAUUAAAGGCCCGACAAAGCCACCCAAAAAAACCUAG